AUCUUUCCACCUCGAGGGUGGAAAAAAAAUUUCGGAGAAGAAAAAUGCCCGUUAGGGCCUCCUUCUCCUUCUCCGCCUUGUUUCGAGAGGAAGACAGAAGGGGACGGCAGCUCUGUCUUCCGCAGUAGCUCUUCCCCGCAGAUUGGGAGGCUCCGCUCUGCACUCGACCCCUGCUUUCGCACAUCUCCCUCAGGUCGGAAGCUCCGGUGACUCCAGCAUGCCCAAUUGAUUCUCACUCCAUCCGCCGUGUGGACCUGUGGUUACUCAAGUUAUCAGAAGAAUGGAUAUUUCUAGCCCUGCAGCUUUUGUCAAUGCAGAACUAUUAAAGAUGUAUACAGGGCGUAGGGUGCGGACUGUAGUUAAGGUUUUGCAGAAUGAUGGUGGGAUUCUUACUGGGCAAUCACCAGAUGGCCAUCAAAUAUCUGUUAAGGGCCUCACUCCUUCCAAGUUGUCACAAUAUGUCGAAGUUAUUGGUGUUGCUGACGGCAAUCAAUCGAUACGUGCUGAAAUAUGCACAAAUUUUGGUGAUACUUUUGCUCUGGAUAACUUCAAUAAGUUGUGUCAUCUAGCAAAUUCAGAGUACAAGAGUCUGUUCAUCUAGGAGUGGUUUCCAGUGGAUGUUGCACCCUUCUUUCCUUUCAGAGGGUUGGAAGGCUUAAUUUUCAGCUUUAAAUCAAAUUUUGUUUUGGAAAGCAGUAUGUAUAUGAAGAAAUCUGUAUACAUUUGGUUCUUUACGGAGAUCUUUCAGUUCAUGUGCAUGUGUUUUUAAAAACUUAUCAGACUGGAAAGUUGAAUGUCUAUUGGCUACUGAAAGAAAGAAAGCACUAUAUCUUAUUUGCA